UUCAACCAGUUAUCAAGCGGAGGCGCUGCCGGGCUGGUCGUCUUGUGCCGUUCAGUCUUGUGCCGUUCGCAGAAACGGUAGGAUCUGGAAGGCUGGCCGCGGUGGCCACUGGGUGGGUUGCAGGACCAUCGUUGCACGAAGAGCUAGGGCUACGACAUGGCACCGGUAGUGGAGGUACGGAAGACCGUCCGCGAAGAUCUCCCGGAAGUGAUCGCCAUGAUACAGGAGUUGGCUGACUUUGAGAAGAUGCCCGACGGACCGCAGCUCACGGUGGAGGACCUGGUGCGUGAUGGUGGCUUCGGACAGCCGGGGGAGCGAUCAGGCGAUGGGCCAGUGUUCCAUAGCUUCGUGCUCGAGCAACGUCUCGAACGGUCGGCGGAUCCUGCAGCGGCUGUGGCUAAUCAGGGCGCGACGACGUCGACGUCAACACCGCCAGCCAACUGUAGCGCCGAACCUUUAACCCGGAACCUCAUCGGAUACGCCAUAUGCUACUACUCGUACUCUACGUGGCAGGGCAAAUCAUUGGCCCUGGAGGAUAUCUACAUACGCCCACAGCACCGAGGGAACGGUUAUGGGGAACUGUUUUUCCGGGCACUGGCACAGCACGCCCAGGAUAGCCAGUGCUCAAGGCUCGAUUUUCACGUGCUAAACUGGAAUCCGGCCACCCGGUUUUACCGUCGCAUGGGUGCACUCGAUCUGACUGAGGCGGAGAGCUGGCAUUUCUAUCGCCUACCGAAGGACGCCAUCGCGACACUGUGUGGCAAGGAGUAAAAAGUGCCGUCGCGUCCGUUUCAAUGCUGCAACUCACAACUGCCACAGCUUCGCUGGUACUAAUGGUAUUAUUCAAACGUUUAACGUGAGCCAAAUACAAGACAGCUUUUGUCCUAAUGAUAUCGAUCGUAAACCAGCACA